AUGAGCUCUGGAACGUUCCAGCACCUCCAUGAACUGCGAGUGCUGUCCCUUAGAGGAAACAGGAUCCAUCAGCUGUCACCUAGACUCUUCCUCAAGCUGGCCAAGCUCAGGUUCUUGGAUCUCAGUGACAACGACUUCCAUCAACUGGAUCCAGAAGUCUUCAAGGAUGUGCAGGAAUUGCGGACCUUUUCCUGUAGACGAUGCAAUCUGAAGAACAUGAACCCGCACAUAUACAGCCUCCUGUCCAACCUUGCCCAUCUUGAUCUGGGAGAGAACCAGUUCAAGUACCUGGACCGCGAGGAGUUCAGGGACCUGAAGAAGCUGAUGUCGUUGAGACUGGACGGCAACCAUUUCCCGGUCGUCUUGGAGGGAACUUUCGCUUCACAGGGCCGGCUCCAGUACCUAAACCUCGCGCGAAGCCAGAUCGCCAAGGUCACAAACCAUGCCUUCGACAACUUAACCUCACUGCUGGAACUGGACCUUAGCUACAACAAGCUGGACCGACUAGAACCAAUCACCUUCCAACCUCUAGCAACAAACCUCAGGUCUCUGUUGGUGUCAGGUAACAACAUCAAAGUGGACCAGUUUCUUUACGUUCUCCAUGUAACUACUAGGCUGAAGGAAUUGGCUAUGGCAGACCUCCCAGUGAAGCAUGGGCUGCCAAUUAGUUUAGUGGCAAAUUUAGGUUCACUCAAACACUUAAAUCUGUCUGGCAACGAACUAACCAAGUUCCAUUAUCAACUGCUCACACCUGUACCAGGCCUCUCUUCCUUGGACUUGUCAAGGAAUAAGUUACAUUCUUUGGACGAAGGAAGUGUAGUAAAGAUAGAUUAUAUUUCCAAGGUCUUUCUCCAUGACAACCCAUGGGCUUGUGACCUCUGUCAUAUCUUACCAAUGCUAAGGUCUAAUAGUACUUGGAAAUCCUCUGUAAUCUGUUCCUUACCUUCCCAACUGCAAGGUCGCACUCUCAGCAGCUUGACCUCUGAUCAGCUGAGCCUUUGCAGUAGUGGCCUGGAUUACAAGGAUGAGGGCUUCGUUGGUCUGGCUCUGACUCAUAAGACUCAGCUCGGCCUGAUCGCAGCAGGGUUCGCAGUGGCCCUGCUAAUUAUUACGAUGGCUUCGGUGGUGGUAGGUCUAUUUUACAAUAGGAAAAAGACGUCAUAUUAUUAUUCUGAAGAAGAAAAGGUGAAAGCAACUGAAGAUAUUUGUAAAAGUUGCAGCAAAGACAAUAACCUAUCAGUUUCUACCAUUAAUGAUACCGCAAAGAAUCCAGAACAAGAAGAUGAAAUUGAAGAUUCCUGA